AUGUGUCAAGCCGCCAAAGAGGCUGUUGACCCCAUCCAUCUUCAGGAUCUGCUCGACAAUGCCGGUCUAUUCUUUGCCCAUCUCCGUCGCCCCGAGGAAGCCCAAUGCAUCUACCUGAGCCUUAGCGCUCCAGACACUCUCGACCGCUACGGCUUUCUAUUCUAUGAAAGCAACUACCUAGUGAAUGAAGAACUCGAGAUGGAUGACAUCCACAACUCCAAAAUUGUAGAAGACAAGGAGUCCUGCUACAGCCUACUGGUUAAGCAUCAACGUCGCACUGAACACCCGUACCCUACCUCAGUCAAGUUGACUGCUUCAGAUUUCAGCAUGGAGCUUACUAUGUCCAAGACCAAGCGUGAAAUGCUCAACAAGUGGCUGAAGAAGCCCAAUGUAUACUUGAACCUAACCCCGGAAUACCAAGAAGUUGUACUUCGGCAGAUUCAGGCCGCUCAGAACGACGAGGAGACACCACCUCUACCUCACAUCGUGUUCGAGCGACACUUCAAGAUCCUACCGAACUCCCUCCUGGUGGAUCCAAUAGUGCACAACACAUCUAUCUCGCAGGACGUACAACUGGGACUGAACUGGGACUGGCCUUGGAAAGACUGGACUGGACUGGUCAAAGUAGGACUGGUCUUACCCAGUCCAGUUGCAGUCUUCCAGGGUUGGGGAAAUUGGAGGGACUGGUCAAAAGACUGGUUGCAACCAGUUGCGACUGGUCUUUGGCCACCCCCCUAA